GGGGAUCGCCAAAGAAUAUAUCACAAACAAUAUUGUCAUGAACAUGUUCACCUUUUUCAACGUUCCGGUUGAGGAAGCUGCUGGAGCAAAUGCGAUCGCUAGCAUGCCUUCCUCGGAAAAUAUUGGUACAAUUACAACCACAUUUACGGGUUUCAUCAAAGGUGGACUACGAUCUAGAAGUGCCUUUAGAGGGAUAAGGAACAAUGUGCAUGAGAAGCCAAAAAUCACUGAGAAAGAGAAGAUCAAGAAGGGUGCGAGUAUUGGCGUAUGUGGUGGUAAGGAAGUCACAAGGCGAUCUCGAUCCACAACAUACCAUUUUCCAGAAAAGUUGAAACAGGAGAUGCCACAAAAAUCGAUCAAAAUAUACAUUAGGGAGAAGUUUUGGUUACAGAGUCGAAGAAUCAUGGAUGGGGAUGGUUUGCCGAUGACUGCGGCAGUGGCGAAAAAAGGCGUGGGUGCGACACAAUCCAAGAGUGGGGUGAAUAAUAACCCGAUGAUCGAUGUGGACGCGAUGAAUGCGCAAUUUAAGAUCAAGAGAGAAGCAAUUGGCAGUCAGAAAAGGAAGAUGAGGGCCAUAAAUCUCGACGAACCUACCGGAUUGGAAACUUGCAAGAAAAAGCCAAAGGGUGAGGUGAUAGUGCUAGGAUAAACCAUCCACUGAGCCACAAACAACUUUGCGAUUACCAUGCUGGUGUGUCACCUAAUCACUCAGACGACUUCGUUUACGAGAGGUGAACUGUGCCGUUGGAGCGUAUUUAUGAGUUACUAGGAGUAUAUCCAGCAACAAGGGCACUAGCUGGGUGUUCCGUGCUGUCUCACUAUAUAGGGGAAAGCGAGCUCCGCUGUUAAUGGUCAUCACGCACCGAGUUUAU